AUGAGUGACUCUUGUAAUGAGAUUGAAUGCAAUGCUAUUCAUUUCCAUGAAUCAAAUCAUAUGAUGAUAAAUGAAGCCUCAUUAUAUAUAGAUAAUGAGACUGUAAAUAAUUCUGAUUCAAACCCUCACAAUAUGCAAUUGAACACCAAAUCAGGUCAGCAGAUUUCCCAUAAUGUAGAUAGUAUUCAAUCUUCUAGUCCUGUAACAACACAGUUGAAUGCCAAGUCGCAGGAUCUGCGCUAUAGGCUCAUAUCAACUGAGAAAAACAUAAAUGCACAUUUGAACCAAACAAAUGAUAAUACAAGUGAAGGUGAUGUAAACUUUGAUUUAGGCCCUCACAAUGUACAUUUGAACACCACAUCAGGUCAGGUUUCCCAAAAUGUAAAUAGUAUUCAAUUUUCUAGUUCUGUAACAACACAGUUGAAUGCCAAGUCGCAUGAUCUGCGCUAUAGGCUCAAAUCAACUGACAACAACACAAAAGCACAUUUAAACCAAACAAAUGAUAAUACAAGUCAAGAAGAUAUAAAUUUUCUAUUUUGGAAUAUUAACAGAAUUUCUGAUAAAUUAUAUGAUGGAUGUGAUAUUUAUGAGCUUUUCAGUAAAUAUGCAGUGAUCCUGUUAAGCGAGACAUGGUUAGAUCCAUGUGACAGCUUAUCAUUUAAUGGUUA